ACACGCCAGUACCUAAGCGCCGGUCGACCUACCCGCAAGUCUAGAAAUAAAUUUAUUUCACAUUAAUUCAAUGUGCGUUCUGAAGUGAAAUAUCAUAAUAUUUAUCACUAUGUGACAUAUAUAUGUGAAGGAAGUGCUGGAAAAUAUCCAAGGGGACCUGAUGCUUAUAAUUUUACAUAUUCAUUUGUUUCAGCUUCAUGAGGAUGACUGGUAGAAGAAACAAAAGAUGAACAGUGGAAACAGAAGAGCCCUUACGGGUUCUAUACAUAAGAUUAGAGAAUUCGAAUUAGAGAAAGUAUGUUUAGUUGAAGAAUUCGAUAUACUCCAAAUAGUCGGUGAAGGAUGGUUCGGAAAAAUACUUUUAGUGGAACACAGAGCCUCAGACACAGAAAUCGUUCUAAAGGCCCUUCCUAAACCCUACGUAUCUAUAAGAGAUUUUUACAGAGAAUUCCAUUAUAGCUUACAUUUAAGUGCCAACAGAAACAUCGUCACAACUUUUGAUGUUGCAUUCGAGACUGCUGGAUUUUAUGUAUUCUGCCAAGAAUACGCCCCUUUAGGUGAUUUAACAUCAAACAUGCUGGAUACAGGGAUUGGAGAUAUUCAUACGAAACGAGUGGCGAAACAGUUAGCCGCCGCUUUAGAGCAUUUGCAUCAAAGAGAUCUUGUACAUAGAGAUGUUAAAUUAGACAAUAUAUUGAUAUUCAAGUCUGAUUUUUCAAGAAUAAAACUGUGUGAUUUUGGUGAAACUAGAAAAGUACAAUCUGUUGUAAGAAGAAGAAAUGAAUGGCUUCCCUACUCGCCACCUGAAAUAUUACAAUUAUCUAUGGACAGCACUUACAAAGCACUAAUAAGCCAUGAUAUAUGGCAAUUCGGCAUUGUUAUAUUUAUUUGUCUAACCGGUUGCUUGCCCUGGCAGAAGGCUGCUUUCGAUGAUCCGAGAUAUUUUAGCUAUUACAAUUGGUACAACAGUUCAAAUCCGCUUAAAAGACAACCAAAAUUGUGGAAAAUGGUAUCCUCGAAAGCCCAAAAAUUAUUCAAAAAAUUUAUUGAACCAAGAGUAGAAAAAAGGGCUACUAAUUUCUCGGAAUUAUCAAGGUAUAAUUGUGAUAGGUGGGUGGCCAAAGCGUACUCUGAUCGAGUUGCUGGCGGAGAUGUUGACGAACUUUGUCCUUCAAUGUACAGCUUUCAUAGUGAUCCGAAUGAAAAAAAUAUUCUACUAAAACAUUUUAGAGAUCACGGCAUAGAAACCACAGUAGAUCGCCAAGCUAAGAAGCAAAGAAUAAGAGAAUGGAUUCAAAACAGUGUUAUAGAGGAAGCCGACGAAGAUGUGGAAAGUUCACACGAGCCUAGUGUUUGCGAAGACAGUGAUGUAGAAUUAGAAGACCGAUCACGGCCCCAUCCUAUUGACGAAAGCCACAAGGUUACUCUUCGCUAUGACACAGAGAAGCAUAUAAAUCCCAGAACAGGAGAAAUUAUUGAAGGUGUUUCCCGGUCAAGUAACAAAACACAACUUUCUUAUGACGUACAAAAUAUAGAGCCCGUGGCACCCGGAAACAUUGUUAGAAAAUAUGGGACAAAAGAAGAAUCAUCUUCACAUAGUUCUGCUAAAGACAGUGCAUAUGGCUCCAUAGAACAGAGCUAUUCCAAGAAUUCCGCUAUUAAAUCUGAAACUAAACAGUUAUCACAAACCGAUAAAAUGUCUAAUAGCUCUCCCAGUAGAAGCGUGUCGUCUCUUCAACUAAACAAAACUCCAUUAUCAACCCAUGUCCAAAGAUUUCAAAAAAGUGAAGAAGUGUUUGCAGAAGAAUUAAAGGGUAUGAUGGGUAGUACAACAACAAUUAAUUCUGGGGGUAACUCGUCAAGGUCAAACAGUUUUCAAGUAACAAGAAAUAGUUCGCUUGAGAGUGCUUCAAAUAUUAGCGAUAGCCAAAUCGAAAACGAAACACAAAACAUAGUAAAGAACAAUAAUCCUGUUUCAUGUAAAACAAAUUCUUUUGAUUGUGAAAAUAAUGAAGGAAGUAAAGGAUCCGAACAAACUCAACCUUAUGUUUCCAUGAAAAAAUCAAUUUAUGAAACAGCUAAUAAUAGAAAGGAGUCCCAUAAUGCCCGGAAACCCGAAAACAAUAUAGAUUACAGUCAAACAGAAAGUCCUUAUACUUCAAUGUUAAAUAUAGUACAAGGACAAAUAAAAAUAGCCCCAUACGCCAAAGAAACAAAUGAAAAUGUUAUAAAAGUUUCAGUUACUCAAUAUAGCCAACAUAAAACCCAAAAGUAAUUGCUCAAUAUUGAAAUGGAUUAGUAAUAAAUAAGUUUUAUAUUAAUAUAAUAAUGUUUAAAAAGUAUAUCUAUUUAAUGUAUGUAAAUAAAAAUCGUAAUACAUUAUUAUUCAUGUAAUAUUAAUUACUGGAUUAUUAAAAAUAAGGUGCAGUUAUACUUAAGUUAUAAUAAAUUCUAUUUAUAUUAGGCUUGGUAUAAUAUUACAAUCGUAUUAGAUAAUAAUAGGGAACAAGUCUUAUUACAACUAUAUCGACAAAUCACAAACUUUUUUAUUAUUAAGGACGGUGUGAAAAAAUACCCUCCGACCGCUAUGAUAUAUAAUAAAGACAAAUUAUUAGAAAAUGAA